AUGCUAAAUAAUAUUUUAGGCUUUCUUGCACUGCGAUUAUGUGAAAGUAACGUAUGCUUAAAUGGCGGAACGUGUAAAGUAAAUGAUGAAAAUCGUAGUUUCCAAUGUUUUUGUCCGGCUGGUUAUGAUGGAUUGUUAUGCGAGAAGGAGAAAGUUUGCUCAUUACAAUGUCACAAUAAUGGAAUAUGCAUUUUUACUGAUAACGGAAAACCAAAAUGUAAUUGCUUAGAAGAAUUUUCGGGGGAAUUAUGUGAAAUCGGUUCAAUUGACUGUCAAGUUCAAGGUUGUUCAAUUGGUGAAAGAUGUACAGUUACUGAAGGUGGAAAAUGGCGGUGUAUGUCUAAUCCAUGCAUGCCAAAUCCAUGCAAACAUAAUGCAACAUGUACACCGAACAAAGAUACAGGAUUUAAGUGUCGUUGCACGAAUGGAUUUGAAGGUGCAUUGUGUGCGGAUGACAUUGAUGAAUGUAUGAAUACACCAUGCAAAAAUGAUGCUAUCUGUAUGAAUAGCCUUGGAUCAUUUAUUUGUCUCUGUAAGGAUGGCUUCCGAGGUAGUUUAUGCGAAGAGAAUACAUUAUGUGAUCCUAAUCCAUGCUUCAAUAAUGGAAUUUGUAGUAUUAUCGAUGGCUUCUAUUAUUGCAAUUGUCAACCUGGCUUUACCUCUGAUCGAUGCCAGGAACAAAUUAAGGAAGAAUGCAAUUGCAAGAGUGAUAAGCAAAUUUGUAUUAAUGGAAUAUGCAAAUGUCCUGAUGGCUUUAUGGGUAAAGAUUGUGAUCAACCGUUAUCAUGGUCGUGUGUAAGGAAUGAAGGAUGUGAGAAUGGCGGUACUUGCCUUGAAACUACUGGUAAUUGCAUAUGUCCACCUGGUUUCACAGGUAUACGCUGUGAACAUGCACUUGAAUGCACUGUUGAUGGCAAUCCGUGCAUACAUGGUAGCUGUAUAUGGUCUACAAAAGGAACUAUCUGUAAUUGUAAAAAUGGUUUUGAGGGGAAAAAUUGCGAGAGAAAUAUUUCAGAAAUGCUCAAUCCAUGUCUGUUUCGAAGUUGUAAUACAGGUCAAUGUAUGAAUAAAAACGGUUCAGCAGUUUGUAUUUGUCCGGAAGAGAAUUCAGGCGAAUUCUGUGAAAAUACGGAUAUUUGUAGAACAAAACCAUGCAUGAACGGUGGCAAAUGUCUUAUUGAUUUUACGAAUACGUCUAAUUUUAAGUGUAUUUGUGAUGAACACUUUAGCGGUACAUUUUGUGAAUUAAAAGUACACGAGACGGAAUGUGUGCCAGAAUGUACCGCGGAUGAAAUCUGCGAGCAAAGAAAUGGCAUUUUUACCUGCAUUAAACUCCAAAAUACUCUUCAACAAGACAUUACUUCAUCGACUGAAAUAACAUGUGAUGAUUGUGUGCAUUCAUUUCGAUGUAUUGAAAAUGAUAAAAAUGCGGUAUGCGUUUGUGAUGUCUCUUGGACUGGUUCAAAAUGUGAUCAGCAAAUUGAGGAAUGUCAAAGUUUACCGUGUACACAGCAUCAGAUAUGUCGAAAUGAUCCUACAAAUACUGGAACAAUAACUGCUUGUGGAUGUGCGCCAGGUCUAACUGGAAUAAAUUGUACCAUAAAUACAGCUGUAACAUUUCAUAAUACUUCAUUCUUUCUCUACCAAUCAUCAAAUAAUUUUCUUGGGUCACCGCAAUCUGAUUAUACAUUAAAAGUUACAUUUCGAACAACCGUGGAUGAUGCGAAUAUUUUAUCAGCAGAAGAUAUUUUAAGUCAAAUACAGUUCGCUUUAAAUAUACGAAACGGUUAUUUAUAUGGUAAUUUCACUGAUUUUGUUUAUCGAAAAUUACUGCCAUUUGCCGUAAAUGAUGAUCAUUGGUAUACUGUAUUGUUCAAUAAUACUAAUAAGAUUGUCAUGUUAGAAAUACGCGAAGGAGAUUUCGUUUUAUCGCGUGUGAAAAUAAAGGAGGAAAAAAAUAUGGGCAUUUAUUGGACACGAAUAGGUAAAGGUCGAGGAGAUGGUUUCAGAGGUUGCAUUCGUGACCUAUUUAUCAAUGGCGAAUUCAUUGAUAUGCUCAAAUCAGCGAAUGUAUUUGGCGUGAUUGAUGGAUGUCAACGUUCCAAAUUAUGUUCACCUAAUCCAUGCCAAAAUAAUGGCAUUUGUAUUGAUCGAUGGGAUGAAUUUCGUUGUGAAUGUAAGAAACCAUUCUUAUCACCAUAUUGUAUACAACAAACCGAUGAAGUAACGUUUGGAUAUGAUAAUUUGAAAUCACGAUUGGAAUUAGAUGGAAAUGAAAAUUUGGAAGAUAUUAAAUUAAAAACGAAUAUUGAUUUCUUGAUAAGGACUAAUAAACCAAAUGGAACAUUAUUGUAUCUUGGUGAAAAGGAUAAUGACGAUAUUGGAACUUUCAUUGUGCUCGAAAUUUUCAAUGGUUUUUUAAAUAUACGAACACGUUUGGGUGGCAAAAAAAUAUUUGUAAGAAGUAUAUCAGAUAAAAUCGAUGACAAUAAAGUGCAUUUGAUAAAUUUAAUCAGGGAUCGGAAUAAUUUUACUAUUACAAUAGAUGAUAUAGCAGAAACAAAAUUCGACGUUGAAAAUCGGUUUGAUCAUCCGUUACUAGCAGAUACAUUAAUUUUGGGUAGCAAUGAAUAUUUACCUGUCGAUGCAUUUUCAACUAACGACUACUUCAAAGGGACGCUGCAAGAUUUACGCAUUAACAAUCAUUUGGUCCCCCUUAAAACACUCUCCACCGAUAUUGAAAUACAACAAUUUGGUAAUCCGAUCAAAGCGGAUAAUAUUUUGCAGGGAACAGUAUCGGAUGAUAUUUGCGCCCUUUUAAAGCCAUGCGUGAAUGGACAAUGCUCAAAUACAUUUAAUGAUUUUGAAUGUAUAUGUGAGUAUUCAUGGAUUGGAAAACGUUGCAAUGAACGUGAUCAUUGUGCGCUUUCGUCGUGUAGCGUAAAUACAACGUGUACUAAUUACAACGGUGGUUAUGUUUGCAGUUCACCAGCGACCUUUGUGCCAACAUCGUUUGCGAAAUAUAAAUUGGAAAAUGGUGAUGCUAUGAAGAAUGAUAUUUCGAAAUCAUUGAAGAUUAAUUUUGCGCUACGAACUCGUUCAUUAUCAGGUCAAAUUAUUUACUUGAAAACUUCAACUUCUUAUCUGUCCGUUUCACUGAAUGAUGGCUUGCUUAUUUAUGAUACACUGAUAAAUGGUGAUAUGAAAAAGCAAAUUUUUAUAAACAUGAAAGUAAAUGAUGGUGUACAGCAUAGUAUCGAUAUGAACCACAGUGGUUUAUAUAUCGAUGGUAAGCUCAGUGCUAAGAAUUCAUCGUUUAUCCUACCGAUCAAUGCAUUUGAUUUCACUGAUAAUUUUAUUUUAAUAAUUGGACAACGAAAUGCUGAAAUUCCAUCAUUCGAUUUGUAUCAAUCUGAUAACAGUUAG